AUGUAUUCCGUGAACAUUUCUACCUGCAGCAAUGCUGGAGGAUCGUUCCUCCGAGAGUCUACAGGAGAGCAGGUGCGGCUGCUGCUUCCCUUCUUCGCGCCAUCACUUCCUCUAGCAGAUAUCUCCGCGGCUGAGGAGGAAGCCACUGAAACGGUGGAUGCGGUGAUGGAUGUCUGCCUUUCCGCCCUGGAAGAUGAAGAGGAGGAGGAGGAGGAGGAGGAGGAGGAGGAGCUGUCGGUGACUUCAGAGAUGCUCGACGCACAGGAAGACAGCGUGUCCGUUGCUCUCUACGACGAGUUCUUCUCCUUCCGUCCCCCCACUGCGUACGUUGAGAGCCCAAGAAGCGGGGAACCCAUCGCUCUCUCCUGGCUGCGACCCAAGACAAGUUCGCACUCGCUUCCUCCUCGCUCCUCCCCUGCCCUCCGCGUCUCUUUCCGCCCUGACACCUCUGCCAUGGCGUCAGCGGGAGUGCUUCAGGGCAGCUCAGCUCUGGACCAGCAGAUGUGGGAGGUGGAGCAGAAGGAGUCGCUUCCUCCUCUAGCUGGGAGGAGGAACCUGGAGCGGAGGGCCAAGACAGCGUCGGAAGCAUUCCUCGAGCUCCAGAAGACCCACGGGGCGAUGAGGGCCGUAGAUGUGGCAGGAGGAGAGCAGGAGGAGAGCUGGGCAUGGGUCGAGGAACACAGGCCCGUCACGUCCUUGAGCAGGAGCAGGAACGUGGCCAGGGACCUGAAGAGACUUGAGGAGACGCUGACAAGGAAGGAGGCGGAGGGGAAAGAGCGCCGGAUCGUGCUGCCGAAGCUGGGGGAUGUGAACCUGAGGGGCCGAGGAGGAUGGAGAGGGCGAUGACAGGAGGGGCGAGGGAAGACAGAUCAACGCGAGGAGAGAGGUC